UGCAUCUUCAUUUCACGUCCGGAGUGAGAACCAAUAGAGCAUUACACCACCACGAACAGUAGUUAUGUUCAAGAAACUAUUUGGAGAACACGGCGCGAAAAACGUCGUAACUCUAUUCCACAAGCCGUCUAGCCAACCAUCGACCCGCGUGCUCACCCUCCUCAAGCAAGCGAAUGCGCAGUCAGUAGCCCAUGCAACUGAGGAUCAAGCAAGCAGCCAUCAGGCCCAGAGUAAGCUAGAACGGGCCGAGUUCACUCUCGACGUAACGGAAGCCCCUCCAACAGCCGAUCAACUCAAGAACAUUCUCGAGUAUCUUGGGAGCCCAUUGUCUGGGGCUGCUGGGAAGGUUAUUAGAGGUGCGGUGGAUGAAUCAGACGCAAUGAGGAAGUUGAAAGAGGAUGCUGAUGCGUUCCAGCGGCCUUUGGUCGUGGACUGGCAUCAAGGAAAAGCAGUCGUCGGCGAGAAUGAGUCGGAGAUAUUAGCCCUCCUUCGAUCCAUUCCCAAGGAAGUUGACAAGGCAUGACGUGUAAUAAAGCUGUAAUUUGUGCGUAUUACCACUAUAAUGUACUAUCAGAUUCUUAGUUUUGAG